CUCAUUUUUAAAGUCAGCACAGGGCCUCAAAAAAGUCUCAGACGGCCCUGAGGACUGCGUAGAUUUAAAGAAGCUUUCAAAAAAUUUGGGUAUGCUCAAAUUACUGGAAACACUAAUCAUCUCAGGUUGUUCAAAUCUUAAUACGCUUCCUUCAGAGAUGAGAGCGAUGGAAUCUUUGAAGGUUUUCCGGGCUGAUGGACUUGACUUUGGUAAUUCAAGCUUUGUGAUUGAGGAAUAUGUUUCAUGGCCAGUAUUUAUCUGGGGUUGGGUUUUAAAAUGGAAUCUAGGUUCCCAACUUCUGUUGAGUUCUUUACCGUUCAAGUCUAUUAGAAAGUUGAGUUUGGUGAAUUGCAAUCUGCAUGAUAAUGCUUUUCCGAAGGAUUUCAUUGCUGCACCCUCACUCAAGUACUUAAACUUGAGUAACAACCCAAUCCGUUUCCUACCAGAAUGCUUUAAAGGUGUAAAAAUGCUCAAGAGUCUUACAUUAAGAUAUUGCAACCAGCUUCAGGCACUUGAAAAUUUACCGAACAUAGAUAGCUUGCUUGUCACAGAUUGCUCAUUAUUGGAGAAAAUAAGAUGCAAAGAAGGCGCAUCUUUGAUAACUGUUGCUUCUCCGUGGAGAUGCAAGAAACUACUUGAGAUGGAAAAGAGAUUCAAGGUUGUACCAUUAGAAAAAAUGGAUUUAGAAAUGAUCAAAAAUUGUGGUAUUGAUGAUGUGGAAUCCAAGAAAAGAAUCCAGAUAAGAUUAUACAAUAAAUCCACAUUAACGGAAACAAGUUGCCCCAUACAGGGAGUAUAUGAAGAUGAGUGCUGGGGGGAAACAUUCAGCAUAUUUUACCCUGAGAACAGUGUUUCCAUAUUGUUCAUUAAUAAGCAUAACACAGCUUCAAAAUCCUUUGUCGUAUCAUCACAUUCUAAACUUGGAUACCUAAACACUCGUGUUCUGUACAAAUUUGUCCCGGGCUCAAUAACAAGUUUGUUCAUUGUAAUCACUAACAAGACAAAGAAUAGAAUGAUCAUAUAUUCUCCAAGGUGUCAUGGCGUUCCUGAUGGCGAUGAAUACAUGACAUGGUUAAGCCAUUGGAAAUUCGGUAGUCACGAAAUGGGACCUGGAGAUGAGGUGAAUAUUUUUGUAUAUAAUUGGCAUAAUAAUACUAGUUUUGAGGUGAAGGAGGUUGGAGUCCAUCUCGUAUAUAAAGAGCAAGAACAGGCAGGUGAUCACUCAGCCAAGCUACCCAACAUUGAACAAACCUGUGUCAUUCCGCAGAAUAUAAAGCCAUGGGCACAUCGUGGAACGACACAGCUAUACUUCCUUGGACAUGGUGGAGUCAGAAGAGAUGUAUUGCUGGAGUCUAUUUUUCGCAGGAUCUGUUCUGGAUGUGGGAGGGGAAUAUGUACCAGAUGUGGGAGGAGACCGGCUGUAAGCUUACUGACAGCAUCCCUGGUAUCUACUUCAGUUUUAACCAAUGGCCUUAAGCACCUGAUACUGAGCCAACCAAAGACAAAGAGAUUAGUAAAGAAGCCGAAGGUAGAUAUAUAAUUAAGGAAAGGUUGCUUGCAUGGUACCAAAAGCAAGCAGAAGCAUAUCUCAGAAAUAUGGGUACUGUUUUCAAGAUGAAGAGCAGA